UGUACAGAAUUUAUAUAGCUCCGUAUUUUCUCACAAAUUCUCCACGCACCUAGAACGUUCUCCUUUCAGGUGUGCUUCUUUUCCGUACUAUUUCUCUUGCUCGAUUGGUAGUUCUAGAAGAAUCAAUUCUUUUCUCUUCUGUUCCAAAUUUUCAAGGGCGGAUCUUUGCUUUCUCAUCUGGGUGUUGCAUUUUGGAUUUUCAAACUCAAAUUUCCUCAAGCAAAAAAAGCAAGAAAGUACUCUGACUGAUAGGGGUGAAAAGUGCUUGACAUAUGUGCACGAGGCUGAUAAAAUUCAUUUACAAGCCGAUUAUAAAAAAGAUGGAGUACAUGUUGACCAUAUACGUCCCUCUGUUCGUAGGCGAGGAAAAGGUGGUGUUGCUGGUAGGAGGGAACGUGCUAUUAAGAGAGGUCAAGUGUCUAUCGAAAUGGAUGAAAUGCAUCAGGAAGAUGCCCAAGCAGUCCCGGAAGAUGAUCCAUCAACAACAAAUUGUAAUAUUAGUUCCACUUCAAGAGGCGACACUCACGAAUUCACUCAGGCAUCAGCUAUGACGUAUCAACCAACAACUACUCAAAUUGUGCCAUACAUGACGCCACAAACUCCACAAUAUUCAAGAGAUCCAAGUCUUUCGUCUUUUGAGAAUAUAUUUGUUGAGAAUGGUCCUGUUUUUAACUCAUCGCCUGUGCAAAUGUCCAUCGAUAUCCCUGAGGCCACUAAUAGAGAUGAUGGGCAGGACUGCAAUAUUGAGAUACAAGGUAAUGAGUUGGAUGAUUCCAACGAUGAAGUGGAUGGUGAACCAUCAAUGAGGCAGAAGCGUAAAAUUAUUCGUAAGCGUUGUGCGACCGGGAGUCACUUUCUUGAUCAGCACGGUAGGAUUAAAAAGCAGCGCGGUAAAGGUAAAAAGCAGCAAGGUAGAAGCAAAAAUAAAUGAAUGCAUCACUAAUAGUUUGGCUUGUAAGUAAGAUGAAGGCACAUAAUCUCGCUGAUCUAGUUUAGUAGGAAUGAUCUCCUUUUUUUUUUUUUUUUUUUUUUGCUAACUGUAAGUAAGAUGAAGGCACAGUUGGUGUAUUUUAUUUUUUUUGCUUUUUGUAUUCAACUACGUUUUCUAUGCUAUGGUGCAAAGAAGUUUUAAUUGGAAGUCAUGAUUGUAUUUGAUUUUUGCUAGCAAGUACUGUAAGUUUUAAUUGGAAGUCAUGUAUUAGCUAUGGUUUUUGCUAGCAAGUCAUCAGCAGUUUAGUAGGAAUGAUUUUUUUUUUGGCUCACUGCUGGUGUUGUUUUGAAGCUGGAAAAGAAACAGUUAUGGUGUAUUAGUCUUUUUUUGCUUUUUGUAUUCAGCUAUGGUGUAAAGAAGUGAAAUUUUAUGAAAAGAUUUCCAUGAGGCAUUUAUAUGUA